GUGAUUAAUAAUUUAAAUAAAUAAAUAAUACUAAAUGACACCUUUGAAAACCGAUCCCUUGGAAGGAGGUUGACCCGCGAAGGUGGCCUGUCUCCGUGGCCUUCAAACCUACACCGCGUGCGUCCUUUCUUCCUUCCAAACAAACCAAUUCCUUCUUCUUCUUCUUCUUCUUCUUCUUCAGGAAGACACAGAGAGAGAGAGAGAGAGAGAGAGAGAGAGAGAGAGAUGGGGAACGUAUUCUGUGUGUUUUGUGGAUGCGUAGGGCAAUCGGGCGUCGGUGUGGUGGAGAGGUGGGGCCGGUUCGAGAAGCUUGCCGAACCGGGUUUCCACUUCUUCAACCCUCUCUCCGGCGAAUGCCUCGCCGGUAUUCUCUCCACCAGGAUCAACUCUCUCGACGUACGCGUCGAGACCAAAACCAAGGACAAUGUCUUUGUGCAACUUCUUUGCUCAAUUCAAUACCGAGUUAUUAAAGAAAACGCUGAUGAUGCAUUUUAUGAGUUGCAAAAUCCCAAGGAACAGAUUCAGGCUUACGUCUUUGAUGUGGUCCGAGCUCAUGUUCCGAGAAUGACUCUUGAUGCGCUCUUUGAGCAAAAAGGUGAUGUUGCUCGAGCUGUCUUGGAGGAGCUUGAGAAGGUGAUGGGAGCAUAUGGAUACAACAUAGAACACAUUCUGUUGGUUGAUAUUAUACCUGACCCCUCUGUGCGCAAGGCAAUGAAUGAGAUUAAUGCAGCUCAAAGGCUUCAGCUUGCCAGUGUAUACAAAGGGGAAGCAGAGAAAAUUCUCCUAGUUAAAAAAGCAGAAGCCGAUGCUGAAGCCAAGUACCUAGGCGGGGUUGGUGUUGCAAGGCAGAGGCAGGCGAUAACAGACGGCUUGAGAGAGAACAUACUGAACUUUUCUCACAAGGUGGGAGGCACCUCAGCUAAGGAGGUGAUGGACCUCAUCAUGAUCACCCAAUACUUCGACACCAUCAAGGACCUCGGCAACUCAUCAAAGAACACCACUGUGUUUAUACCACAUGGUCCUGGUCACGUCAGGGACAUUGGCGAGCAGAUUCGCAACGGGAUGAUGGAAGGAGCUAGUGCUCAAAUCAAUGCUGCCGAGUAGUUUUUUUCCCCAAGAUUAUGGGCAGUAUCCUUCUGAAAGUAUCUUUCCGCUUAUGGUAUUUGCAAAUGAGUUUGUUUUUUUGUUUACGGGAUAUAUGUUAAUAGUACGAUGAUCUUGGUGCUGGAACGCUGAUACUUGGCCAAUAUGGCUCAACUGUUUAGAAGUAAGAAUUUUUAAGGUUGUACAAAGAUUUACCUGUGUAUUUCUGAUGCUUUAGAUUUUUAAUAAAGGAAGCAAGGUAAUGAGUACAAAUAUAACAAA